CUGACUUGAUUUUAACACAGUGGGGGACGCUUCGAAUAUGGAAGGUGUUACUGGUUAAUAGUUUUCAAACUAAAAUACUGGACGUAUCUUCAUUACCCUCAGACUUACAAUGGGUUCUUGAUUUUAUUAACCUUUCCAUCACUGCACAUAAUUACUUGAAAACUCAUGUUAUCAAGCUAUUUUAAAGCUAUUCUAAAAGCGGCUUGCUCAUACGAAUCUAUGCUUUUAGAUAAACCCUCAUAUAGAUGAGCACAUCAGAUGAACGAAGUCUUAAUUACUACAUAGCAGGGGUGGAAUCCCCAGCCAACCGAAAAUUUGAAUAACUCGCCGUAGCGCCGGGGUUUGGGUUUUUGUUGAGUAACAAGCUAUGCUUAUAUCGUAAAGAUGUAAUACAUACCUUUACAAGGAUUAAAAUUCGUUGUGCAUUGUAAAAAAUGGGUUUACUGUUAAAAUAAAGACUUGGUCUACAUAAUUUAUUUAAAUUUCAGAAAAUUGUCAGUUAGCGUACACGUAGCACUGAUUGUGAUCUAUUCAUCAUGUUUGCUGAUCUUACUGUUCCAGAUUAGGCAAUCAGAUUUCAAUGGCCAUCGUGAUGUUACAAUGGGUGAGUUCUAGAUAGUGUUGUGGAAAUCACGGCAAUUUAAAUUGUGGCGAAUAAAUGAAACAAUGAGAUACCAUAGAAUCUUUGUCCACAAAAUGCUACUGUAGUAUAGUAGUACAGGACUUCAUAUAUAUUCACUUUUAAACUAAAAUAAACACUCUUGAAAAGGAUUCAAACGCGACUGGAAAGCAACAUUACAUUUCUCUCAAGCCAUCGGCGCGCCUAUUUGAUUACCAGAACAUCUGACUUCGCUGGUUUUUACUAUGGUCUUGGUUGUUACUGAUGCCUAGGAAGAAAUCAUUGAAGCUCAAUAACACUGGGUGUAUAUUUUGUUCUGAAGUUGAUGAAUAUCCACUAUUAGGACCUAUUAUUGAGAAAAAUGGUUUCAAAGUGCAUACAAACUGUAUAUUUGCCGCCAGUGGUUUGUCCCAGACGAACACUGAGAAUGAAUCCCCAGACGAUUUCAUACUUGGAUUCGCUGUUUCUUCAAUUCUCAACGAACUUAGGCGUGGUCGUAGCCUAAAGUGUUCUGUAUGUCGUCUCCCCGGCGCCUGUGUUGGAUGUGUUGUUAGCACUUGUCACACCACCUUCCAUCUCCCUUGUUUAAUUAAAGCUCAAGGGAUAACAAUAUUUGAGGGCAACUUUCCUUCCUAUUGCCGCCGUCACGCUCACAGACAGGAUUUGGAUGGCUGGUUGGCGCAAUGCAAGGAACCUCCCUCUUGUUGUAUCUGUCUGUUCUCAGUUGUACCGGACAAAGAUUUCGAAAACAGUUGUCUACCCAUAAGAAGACAAAAAUCUGUACCCAACCAUUCAUUGGCGAAAAAGGAAAUUGUUCCAGUUCUCAACGAAAUUCGGCGUACAAGACGGUCUUGUGUGGCUCCUUCAACUCCUAAACGAAUCACAGUUUCAAACGGAAUGUCCUCUGUUAAGAGGAGAUAUUCUCAGUCCGACACAUCCACUUGGGAGUUACCCGGAUCUUCCUCUUCGGAGCCUGAAGAACAAAAUCCUGUCCAGCAACCUAUAACACAUAAAGAAUCUGUUACACUGCCCUCAUCAAUGUCACAUAUUCCUGGAUGGUUGAAUGACUACUUUCUGAGUCUUGCUCCUGAAAAGAGGCUUCCUGUCUUUGAGGCAUGGAAACACCACACUAUCCAUGGACUCUGUUGUCCUUUAUCAUGGAUGCAUAGAAAUUGUAUUGCAGGUUUUGCUGUUUCUGCUGCAUUACAUUACCUAAAAUGCCCUUAUUGUGCAAAUAGAGAGAUAUUCAUCAGGUCUAUCAUCGAUACUGGCAUAUGGGUCCCAGACCAGGAUGCAGCCUGGGAAUUAGAACCGGGGGCUUAUGCAGAUCUUGUUCCCAUUAGCGAAUGUUCCUCUAAUCUAGAUGAUGAUUCACAAAGUGGCGGCACAUCCACCUCAUCAUCUCAGUGUGAUUGCGACGGGUGGAGCCAAAAAAAUGUCGUUGGUCAUGGGGGGCACGUUACACAAACUGGAAAUGCAUCAUCUAGUGGGUCACCAUCUACAGAUCAGGAGCGUGUCCCAGUACUUCCACUUAUAUGGAACAACCAAAAAUUCAAGAAAAGCCGUGGAAAAAAGCCUUCAGCUAGACGUCGGGUGCAAAUACCUCAAGCCAUUCCAAACACACCUGGACCAACUCGUGUUUCUCGUAGGCACACGUCCAUUACAACACGAAGUAUUCAGGAUGAUCACUCUCCUAAUAGUGCUUUAAAUGAGAGCAGACUACGUCAAGUAACCUUAGGAUCUUUUCUUUCUGUUAGGACUCAGACUUCCCGGUAAAUCCUUUUGCAUUUCAGAUUUUCUUAGUUUGUCUCUAUUCACUUAAUCUCGGACAUUAAAAACUGAAGAUUGCAUAUGUACAUACAAAAAAUUCUAUUUGUUUUAGUAGAUUCUUUUUCAGGAAAAGAGUAGCGUGUCUGCUUUAUGUAUGGUUUUAUCGUUGUUAUUGCUUAUGAAUAUUUAAGGACUUAAUAGAAUACCAUCAGUUUGGUAAACAUGACCCUGUUUUGUAAGACUACACGAUAAUUUUGUAAUCGUUAUUUUCAUUCUGUUCAUCUUAAAGAUCUCAAUGUCUUUACAGUUAUAAAUUUAAGGACCGACUUUUAUUUGGGAUCCUCUGGUGGAGAAAAUUAGACUUUGCAAAUCCUUCAAGUAUUAUCAAACUACUUUUGUAAACAAUGGUUUGUUUGUCUAAAUCAGGACUUACACAUUUUACAUUAUUUAUUUAAGCGCAUAAAAUACAGUAUAACAGUACCAGAGAUGGAGUGCACCACACAAAAUGUGGAUAAAAUCGUGAGGAAAAGGGGAGUACAUUUAGAGAGAAAAAUGCAGUCAAUAAAAUAAUUAGUAAGAACGGUAUGUGAUAAAAGAUACAGUCCGAUCAACAGUACACACACAGAAAUUCGAAAUUCUGGUUAAUUUCCUCUUUUGUUCAUGAGGAAAAUUACAGCAGGAUCUCCGUUCGUUUAUGUUAUGAUAACACGGUGCCAAGUCAUAAAUUGACUGCCGCUUUUUUCAACCACUCCUAGUGUCGGCAAUUAACGUGCGCUGAGAUGACAUUUGUAACAUCUCCAAUUCUUCGAAGCCGGUGUUAUAGGGUGGUGACAUCAAGUGGAUUGUCAUCAUUGUUCUCGAAAAUUGCCGAAUCUACACAUUACUAAUGUGAUGUUGCCACUGAAUGUCAGCAAUU